GUCUGUGACUUCAAGCUCUUCUUAUAUGAUCUCCCAGAGGGCAAAGCUGCUCAGCCUGGUGUCAUAGUGAACCAGGUCAUUGAUAUGAGGGAUGAGGAAUUUUCUGUUAGCUCAGUUUUGGCAUUAGAUGUCAUUCAUGCGAAUAAAAAGGACAUUCCCUGUAUUUUUAGGGUGACAGCAUCACAGCUCUCUGAAUCCAGCAAUAAAAAGUGCUCCAUCUUGAUUCUGGCUGACAGCGAUCAGGAAAGAACCAAGUGGGUCGGCCUCCUGAAUGAGCUGCACCGUCUCUUGAAGAAGAGCAAACUGAAAGAACGCUUUGUUUACAUCCCUAAAGAAGCAUAUGACAGUGCACUGCCUCUCAUCAAAUCCACACAGUCUGCUGCUAUUAUAGGUUAUAAUGCACCUUAUCUGUCAGUGUAUAGUGAGAAUGCAGUGGAUGUAUUUGACGUCAACACUAUGGAGUGGAUUCAAACGAUGCCUUUGAAAAGGGUUCAUCCUCUGAACGCUGAUGGCUCUCUAAACCUGCUGGGGCUGGAGACCGUGCGGCUCAUCUACUUUAAAAACAAGACAGCAGAGGGAGAUGAGCUGGUGGUGCCAGAGACAUCUGAUAACAGCCGCAAACAGAUGGUGCGCAGUAUGACGAGCAAACGCCGCUUUUCGUUCCGCGUGCCGGAGGAGGAGAAAGUUCUGCAGAGGAGAAUGUGCGUCCUCAGGAGAGCCGAGGUGUCCUGGGAGCAUCCGUCAGUAUCCCCUCCAUCAGCAAGGCCAGGCCUGAACCGGGACGAUCUAUGA